AAUGAUAAAUUAUUUCAGGAAUGUCAUGGCAACUGGUUCUGUAUCUAAUUAACAUAAUGAGAAAAGUUUCACUGGAAUAAAGUCAUGGCCAGUGUUCUUGACAGUGUUAAAAACAACAACAUUCCCAUCUUAAAAGUCCUACUAAAGGUUCCACAAAGUAUCAAGAAAAGCGACCUUGAUCUUGGUUUGUUGCAAGCUGCCAAAUUGGGCCAUACUGAGUGUGUGAGUUGUAUCCUAGCAACAAAGUAUGUGUGUCAAGAUAUUUCAGAUUCACAUGGCAAUACACCACUCUUUCUAUCAGUCCAGGCAAACAAGCCUGAAGUUGUGACAUUACUUGUGAAUAAUGGCGAUACAAUAAACUCAAAAGGAGUGGGGAAAUGCUCACCGUUGCACAUCGCAGCCAAACUUGGACUUGAAGAAUGCCUGGACAUAUUAAUCAACAAUGGUGCAUACCUAAAUUCCCGAGAUUCUGCUGGAAAUACUCCAUUGAUUCUUGCUGCCAAACACAGCCAUCUUCUAAUAAUACAGAAACUUUUAAACGUAAAAUGUGAUAUAAAUGCAAAGAACAAUGAUGGUUGGACAGCACUUCACUACUGUAGCCGUAAAGCCAUGGGAGUUGACAUUUUACUAGAGGCCGGGGCAGAUGUAAAUGUAGCAGAUGAAGACAAUAUAACGCCAUUACUCGUGGCGGCCACGGAGGGUUUUGAUCGUGUUGUCAAAACUUUAAUAAAAGCUGGUUGCCAGGUCAACAUGGCAAACACGCUGUCAAAUAAGACGGCGCUUCACGUUUUAACAUAUAAAGGACAUACGGAUUGUGUUGGAGAUCUGAUUGAAGCAGAUGCUGACGUGAACAUUUAUGAUUUCGAAUAUCAUACACCUUUAUGGUACGCUAUUAAAAAUAAACAGAAUGAAAUUGCUAAGUUUUUACUUCGAGCUAACUGCAUGGUGGAUACAUUCCACUGUGCUGGACACAUCCCGAUAGAAGAAUGUCCCAUUACGCUAGCGCUAUCAUUGAAUGCAGUAGACAUAAUUAAAUUAUUCAUUUUAACAGGAUACGAUAGAGCUCACAUGAAAGCAGCCAUUCAGAAUGACGAAGUGCGAGAAAAACUAAAGCAAUUUGACAUUGAUCAUUGGUUCGAUCAUGCAAAUGACAUUAGGAGUUUAAAGCAAACGUGUAGGAUGUGGAUUAGACAUCAUUUAGGCAACUCAUUCUAUCACAAUGUUAUGGAGCUACCCAUUCCACAAGUCAUGAGAGAUUUUAUAUUCAUGAAAGAAAUUGAUGAAUAUCACUAAUUAGGAUUUCUUUCGUAGAAAAAUAAAUCAUUACCAAUUCCUUCUAUGGCCAACUUCCCGUUUAAAAAAUUGACUUGAUAGAACAAUAAAACAACA